GAUUCAAGUGUCCUGCCAGCCUCCACUAACUUCCCAUUCUACUGAUAAUGGGAAGUGGCAUUUGUUAGUGGUGGUGGUGGUGGCAACUAUUCGGUUUCGGUAAUGGCCACAUCUCAUUAUCAGGUCGCCGUCGGCCACCGCCUGACGUCCCGGCCGUCGGUUGCCAACGGAGGCGGGAGUGGUCCUAAAAUCUCCAUAUCCGGACCAAAGCCUCCCCAAUUUUUCAAUUUCAGGUCCGGAGGGUCUCAUCCAUCUUGUCGUAUUAGAUGUCAAUCAACUAGUACUGAUGGACCCAAAACAAGGAAUCUACUAGACAAUGCAAGCAAUCUCCUCACUAAUUUUCUAAGCGGUGGAAGUUUAGGAUCUAUGCCAGUAGCUGAAGGAGCAGUUUCUGAUCUAUUUGGUCGUCCUCUUUUCUUAGCACUCUAUGAUUGGUUCUUAGAGCAUGGCUCAGUGUAUAAACUUGCUUUUGGACCAAAAGCAUUUGUUGUUGUAUCAGAUCCUAUAGUUGCAAGACACAUCCUUCGUGAAAAUGCAUUUUCAUAUGACAAGGGAGUCCUUGCUGAUAUUCUAGAACCAAUAAUGGGAAAAGGACUUAUACCUGCUGAUCUUAAUACCUGGAAGCAAAGGAGACGAGUUAUUGCUCCUGGAUUCCAUGCCUUGUAUUUGGAAUCUAUGGUUAAAAUAUUUACAGACUGUUGCGAAAGAACAAUAAUGAAAUUUGAGGAGCUUCUGGAAAGUGAGGACUUGCAUCCUGGGAAGGAAAUUGAAUUAGAUCUUGAAGCAGAAUUUUCAAGUUUGGCACUUGAUAUUAUCGGCCUUGGUGUUUUCAACUAUGACUUUGGUUCCGUCUCAAAAGAGUCCCCUAUUAUCAAGGCAGUAUAUGGUACACUUUUUGAAGCUGAGCAUCGCUCAACUUUCUACAUCCCUUAUUGGAAACUUCCUUUGGCAAGAUGGUUAGUUCCCAGGCAGCGCAAGUUCCAAAAGGAUCUUAAGUUCAUCAACGAUUGUCUUGAUGGUCUCAUUAGAAACGCAAAAGAAACAAGACAGGAAACUGAUGUUGAGAAACUGCAGCAAAGAGACUACUUAAACCUUAAGGAUGCAAGUCUCUUGCGAUUUCUAGUUGAUAUGAGAGGGGCUGAUGUUGAUGAUCGCCAGCUAAGAGAUGACCUAAUGACAAUGCUUAUUGCUGGCCAUGAAACUACAGCAGCUGUGCUUACUUGGACUGUUUUCCUUCUUGCACAGAAUCCUUCUAAAAUGAAGAAGGCUCAAGCAGAGGUCGAUUCAGUUCUUGGUCAUGGAAGACCAACUUUUGAAUCAAUUAAGAACCUAGAGUUCAUCAGACUUAUUGUUGUAGAAGCUCUACGUUUGUUUCCUCAGCCGCCGCUUCUUAUCAGACGCACUCUGAAGUCAGAUUCUCUACCAGGAGGAUAUAAGGGUAACAAAGAUGGAUAUGCAAUUCCUGCUGGAACUGAUAUUUUUGUUUCUGUUUAUAAUCUCCACCGAUCUCCAUACUUCUGGGACAACCCCCACGAAUUUGAACCAGAGAGGUUUCUAGCACAAAAAAACAGUGACGGCAUUGAAGGCUGGGCUGGUUUUGAUCCAGGUAGGAGCCCUGGAGCAUUAUACCCAAAUGAGGUCAUAUCAGAUUUUGCCUUCUUGCCUUUCGGUGGAGGGCCAAGAAAAUGCGUAGGGGACCAAUUUGCUCUCAUGGAAUCAACAGUCGCAUUGGCAAUGGUGCUACGGAAAUUUGAUGUGGAACUGAAAGGAUCUCCAGAAUCUGUGGAACUUGUGACUGGCGCGACAAUUCAUACAAAGAAUGGAUUGUGGUGCAAACUUAAGAAGAGGUCUGAUGUUCCUUGCAACAGAACAGAGUUGUCCCAAGAGGUUCAACAAAUGGAUCUUAGUCCAAGCUAGCUUGUCCUUGUCUUUCUUUCUCCCUAGGGAAAAAACAGAACAACAGACAAAUAUAUAUGUGUUAUAUUGCAUAAAUAGCACUUAUUGAUAAGAUAAAUCAAAUGAAAAAAAUUAAGGCAUGAUAACAUAAUUUCAAUUGGUGGAAUAGGCUGUUGUCCUUGGAACUUCUUGUUUGUAAA